AGCGAUGGGAUGUGAGCGACUGGAGCGACCACAGGCGAUUUUAACGCUUUUAAUGUGAACGCAGCAUUAUGCUGCCUUCCCUGCUCCACGUAGGGACCUGACGCUGAGCUUCUAAACUGUGUAAAAACGGCACAUCGACACGUGAAGGCAGCAUCACAGCCCCACCGCCUCUGCUAGGAGGAUACAACAAUUCCGGGCUGCCCUUGCCAACGAUACAAUGCUUCGUUUAACGGAUAAACCCCGGGCAUAGGCACCGUCCAAUUGCCGCGGUCUCUUCGAAAAGGCGGUACCCUCCUCGUCUACUCUGAUAAUUUACAACAAGCUUCAGUAGAGAGCACCUAAGACACCCAGUAAGGACGGGACUCCGGGCUUUAUGUUCAACGUUACCUAAGAGAAGCUGGAGAGCAGGUAGGAGCCAUGGGUUUCUCCUUCAGCCUUCGAUGAACUGAACUAAGCUGGAACCACAGGACUCAGCCAACCUGCCACUGCCCACAGUGGGGGCUCCCCUCACCCCAUCACCCUCUUCAGCUAUGGCAGGCUUCAAGCGGGGUUAUGAUGGCAAGAUCGCUGGCCUGUAUGACCUGGACAAGACGCUGGGCCGUGGCCACUUUGCUGUUGUCAAGUUGGCACGCCAUGUCUUCACUGGGGAGAAAGUUGCAGUGAAGGUGAUUGACAAGACUAAACUAGACACUGUGGCCACAGGCCACCUUUUCCAGGAAGUCCGCUGCAUGAAGCUGGUCCAGCACCCCAACAUUGUGCGCCUAUAUGAAGUGAUAGAUACUCAGACCAAACUUUACCUCAUCUUGGAGCUAGGUGAUGGAGGGGAUAUGUUUGACUACAUCAUGAAACACGAAGAAGGUCUGAAUGAAGACCUGGCUAAGAAGUAUUUUGCCCAGAUUGUCCAUGCUAUCUCGUACUGCCACCGUCUGCAUGUGGUGCACAGGGACCUCAAGCCAGAGAAUGUGGUGUUCUUCGAGAAACAAGGGCUGGUCAAGCUCACUGACUUUGGUUUCAGUAACAAAUUUCAGCCAGGGAAAAAGCUGACAACCAGUUGUGGAUCUCUGGCAUAUUCUGCACCGGAAAUACUGCUCGGAGAUGAGUAUGAUGCUCCAGCCGUAGAUAUCUGGAGUCUGGGUGUGAUCCUCUUCAUGUUGGUAUGUGGCCAGCCACCCUUCCAGGAGGCUAACGACAGUGAGACCCUCACUAUGAUAAUGGACUGUAAAUACACUGUACCAGCCCAUGUCUCCAGCGCCUGCAAAGAUCUGAUAGACCGUAUGCUUCAGAGGGAUCCCAAGCGGCGGGCUUCCCUGGAAGAGAUCGAGAGCCAUGCUUGGCUGCAGGGGGUGGACCCAUCCCCAGCCACAAAAUAUAGCACUCCCCUGGUUUCUCACAAGAACUUGUCCGAGGAGGAACACAACAGCAUCAUCCAGCGCAUGGUGCUCGGAGACAUUGCAGACCGAGAGGCCAUAGUCGAAGCCCUGGAGACCAACAAAUACAACCACAUUACAGCUACAUACUACCUGCUAGCAGAGAGGAUCUUGAGGGAGAAGCAGGAGAAGGACGUCCAGACGCGCUCGUCUAGCCCCAGCAAUAUCAAGGCACAGUUCAGGCAGUCAUGGCCCACCAGAGUUGACAUGCACCAAGACAUAGAGGACAGCCUGGCAGCUUCCUCCAUCUCCCAUGCUGGAGGCCCUCAGUCCCCAGCCCGCAGCACAGAAAACCUGCUCAACGGACAUCGCUCAAAAGGCAUGAUGGAGCUGGGCCGACGAGAGGAAACAGCAGUGACUGACUCUCCAGGACCACCAGCACAGGGAGCCUGUGCUGCCCCCUCGGGCCAAGCUCCUGGGUCUGCUUCUGGAACCAUCAGGGCACAGACUCCAUCCACCUCAGCAGCAGCCAAGCAGCGAACCUGCCUGUUCAGGGUGGAGGAAGAUGAGGAGGAGGAAGAAGAGCAGGACCCAUCUCCCUUACCAACCCAGGUGAUUCUGCGCCGUAAGCCCCCCUCGAUCACCAAUCGCCUCACCUCCAGGAAGAGCGCCCCAGUGCUCAACCAGAUCUUUGAGGAGGAGGGUGAGUCAGAUGAUGACUUUGACAUGGAUGAGGGCCUGCCACCCAAACUCAGCCGUCUCAAGAUGAACAUGGCUGGAAAUACUGGCAACCUGAGCUCCGGGGCUGGCUCCUCUUCGUCCCCGGGCUCCACGCAGAAGCGCUACCAUCGGCGCAAGAGCCAGGGGAGGGGUUCGUCAUGUUCCAGCUCUGAGACGAGUGAUGAUGACUCAGAGAGCCACCGGAGACGUCUGGAUAAAGAUUCUGGCUUUGGUUACGGCUGGAACAGAAGGGACAGCAGCGAGGGGCCACCUGGAAGCUCUGGGGGCAAUGGGGGAGGCAGCAGCUCAGGACAGAGUAAACCUCCAGGAGAGGGAGGGGGAACCUCUGGGCCAGACAAGGGGAGUCCUCCUGGAGGGGGUGAGAACAGAGAUGGAGGGGAUGGAGCGGGUGGAGGGGGUGGUGGGGGUGGAGGAGGGGGGAACAAAGGACAAGACAGCCCAUCCAGUUGUUGCAACAACAGUAGCACUACUAGCCCCACCCUCAGCUCUCUGUCCCGCUCCUCUCGCUCGACCAGCCACUCCACUGAGCUGGUAGAGAGCCUAAAGCUAAUGAGUCUUUGCCUCAGCUCCCAGCUGCAGCACCACCGUGGGCGGGGGGGUAGAGGUGGAGGUGGUGGUGGAGGAGGAGGAGGAAAGUUCAUCAUAGACCCGUGCAGCCUCUCAGGAGGGAGCGUGAAAAUCCAGGAGAAAUCAACCUGGAGGAUGUGUAUAGGCUCCACCGGGAGUCUGGACACCAUCACUCUCCCCACCACGGCUACCACCCUCCCUCGCACCCACGUUGUGCAGCACCAACACCGUAAAACAACGCCUCACAGCCUCCUGGGCAGCAGGGACGCUCACAGCAACCUGAGCGCAUUGAAAAAUGGCAUGCUUCAACUACCUCUGUGUGAGAAGACCAUCUCUGUCAACAUACAGCGGGGCAGAGGCUCCAGGGAUGGCCUGCUCUGUACCUCAGCUCCAGCCAGCUGCUGCCAGGUCAUCUGAAGCCCCCUGACCCUCUGUGGACCAUCAGUCCCCACCCACCACAACCAGCUAAAAAAAAAAACAAAAAAAAAACAGGCUUCUCCCUCCAUGUUGACCUCUCCACCUUUUCUCUGUCCCUCUGCACACUCCUCCUCAUUUUAACUUCAUCUUGUGUUUUGCUGUAGCAAACUGAACUGCUGCUUUGGUGUCAGUGGUUUGUGGCUCCGAUGGAUCUCACUGUCAUUUUGUAUGAUGUGUCCUGUGCUCUGCUCACUAUUCAUAUGGCUGAAGUAUGUCAUUACAUUUAUCAUUGUGUUUAGUACGUUUUUCAUUUUGUUUUUUAUUUCAGCCUUAGUUUAUGUCCCCCUUACAGCCCUUCAGAUUAGCCCCGACUCAUCUCUUACAAUCUAAAUACAAACACAGUGGUAGAAUUUUUUUUUAAAGAAUAGAGUACUGUGUAGAAAAAAAAAACAACCAAAAAUCUCAAUAUUUUGAGAAAAUGUUUUGAUGUUUUGAGCAUCAAGUCAAAAUUAUCCAAAAAUAAGUUGUACCAACUAGUAGUAAUUAAAUCAGACAAAGUCUACGCAAUGUAAGAAUGAGUAAUUAAAAAAGACUAAAGUUUUAACAUUUUAAAGUUGUAACUUCCCCAAAAAAGCUUUAAUGGUUUAAAUUAACAUAAGUUCUUAAUAACAAGUUACAAGUAAGAAAUACACAUUUAUUAUUAAGUUUAAUGUUAAAAUAAGUCAUGUAUGACUUUUUAGUACAAUUCUGACUUAACUUUUAAAAUGUGACCUUUUAAAGUCAAGGUUUGUGAUGUUAUAUAACUUUUUUCCCCAAACACUAUGGUUUUCUCAACACAUUUUGGUUCUGGAAAUGUCUUUUUUUUUUUUUUAGCCAGAACACUGUGUUGUACUUGGCUUUGUGCAGAGUGCAGAUGAGUUAAAAACUGGAGCACUUGAACUCAGAUGAUGAGGAUAGUUGCAGUGUUGCACUGUAGCAGCAGCUGACAUGAGGAGGACACAGUAACUUUCCUGCCAACACCAUCCUUCCCUCCUUCACCUCACCCUCUGAGUGUUAGGUUGUAGCAGUGAAUCACGUACAGUGGCUUUAGAAAGUGUUCAGACCUUUUAACUUUUGCACGCUUUGUUUUGUAGAUUUAAUUUAAAUUGAUAGAAUUACCAUUUUGCCCAUCAGUCUACAUUCAUUAUCCCAUAAUGAAGUGAAAACAUGUUUGUGGCAAUGUUGACACAUUUCUUCAAAAUCAUUUUACAUAAGCAUUCAGACCCUGAAUUUAGCAAUUUGUAGAAGACAAUUUGGCAGCAAUUACGACUCCCAGUAUUUUUGUAUGUAUUUGUAAGUAUUUAUAAGCUUCACACACCUUGAUAUGGGAUGUUUAUCCUUUAAGCUAUGUCAGUAUGGAUGGGAAAUGUUCCAAGAUCUCCACAGAUGUUCUGUGGGGUGAAAGUUAGUUCAAUCCCCUCAGUCAAGGGGAUUGAACUGGAGACCACAGGCUCACUUCUCUAACCUUUAUGUUUGAGAAGCAAGCUUCUAAAAAACAAAAAAAAGUUUUCACUUUGCCAUUAUGGUUUAUUGAGGGCAGAUUGACUGACACAAAUGCAGUUUUAUCCAUUUAGAGAUAAGCCUACAACAAAAUAAAUUGUUCAACAGGUGAAUGGGUCCAAAUAGUUUGUGAAGCCACCAUGCGGGUAUCUUUGACCACUUCUGUCACUGAUUUUAUUUAGACUCCAGGCUGGACUCCAUAUUGUAGUCAGACAAUCGUUUUAUGUUGCUUUUAUGAAAAGAAAAGAUAUUCAUUAGAAUCAGUUCAGCUCCAUACAUUCACAACUGCAACAAAUACUCUGUCAGAACCCCCUUUAAAUCUGGACGAGUAUCUCUUGAGGCAGCGUGUUUUGGCUGAAUAAAUGGGACUGUAAGAAAUGGUUUGUUAAAGCGUGUGCACUCCAUUGUGGUAGCAAACAGGUGUUCUAUUGAUUCUGUAGCAAGACAAUGCUAAACACCGACAUUUGAAAUGUUACUGCUGACCAUAUAUUUCAAAUAAGAUUCUUAUUUAUUUUAUUUGUAUUUUUUUUUCGAUGUGUUGCUGAUAGAGAACAUUACAAUAGUUGUGUGUGGCUCUCUGGAAAAACACUACCAAUACCCAAGUAGUCUGAUCUGUUUUGACCUCUGGUUUCUUGACGUCCCAUCUGCACCCACAUGUCACCCAAAGUGCACUGUACAUGUGGGUGCAGCAUGUUGAGUCAUGUAUUGAGUAUGUAUAUACAUUAUGAUGAAAAGUAAAGUUUAUUUUUAAAACUUGUACAUUUAUUUUGAGCAAUCUGCUGUUUGAAAAUGUGGACAAAGGCCUUGUGAAGUCUCACUAGUUGAAAGGAAGUGUGUGUGUGUGUGCACCAGGUAAAUCAGUGUGACCUCACCUGCGCACAAGAAAAAGCUUGUGACUUGUGACAGCCCUAACGGAGCUGGCCAAGAGAUGAACAAACGAAAGAAAGGAAAGGGUACAUGGGGAAAUUCUUUAAGGGCAUUGGCAAUAAGCUAUACUGUGUGUCGCAGCUAUCUGUACAGAAACAUUUCAUUAGUUGUUUUGUUUUUUUAAAUUCCAGACAUGUGCAGCCUUACAACGGCCACUUGUACUGAAAAGAAAAAUGGAAAGCUAUGAGUUAAAUAUUUUUCCUCUCUUUGGUUGUUGUCUGAGUUUUCUUUUGAAUAACCAAAUGUGCAUAGAGUUGUAAAUAUGGUGCUCUUUAUCUAGAACAGCAGAGUGAACUUUUUGGUGCAUAGCUGUACAGUAAUCUAGCCUUAUGAUAAUAGUAAUACUGUAUGGGUGUCUCAGCUAAAAAUAAAAGCCGUGUGAGAAAAACAACACAAUUCAAUACUGUCAGGUCUCUUGACUGUUGUCUUACUCAGCUGUAUCCAGGUGAAUGACGUGCAUGUGUUUCAAUGUUUGACAUUCAGUGACACAGGGCAGCCACAGAAAUGUUACUGGACCAAAACAUAAAAUAGGAAGAAAAAGGAAAUAAAGAUGAGCUGGAACUGACAGAAAUAUUCAGUGUAUUAUUCUGUAGUUGAUACCUGUUGUCAAAAUUUACAUAUAGCUAUGGUAAUAUCCAAAAUAAAAUGUGGAAUACUGUCUCAUA